AUGUCAGAAGGAGAGAGCAAGGACAGUGUGGGCAGUGAGUGUCCUGUGUGCUAUGAGAAGUUUCAGGACCUAGAGGGAGCCAGCCGGACGCUGAGCUGUGGCCAUGUCUUCUGCCAUGACUGCCUUGUUAAGUACCUGCUUUCAUGCAAAGUGGAUGGGCAGAUCCAAAGGACCAUCAUCUGUCCUAUCUGCCGCUAUGUCACCUUCCUCAGUAAAAAGAGUUCUCGCUGGCCCUCUUUGUCAUCAUCAGAGAAGAGUCCCCAGACCUUGGCAGUCCCUGUGGGCCUGGAUAACCUGCCCUCUCUGGAUGCCUUGGGACACACAAACUCUGUAACUAUUCCGCAUCCUCUCUGGGUUCCUUCUCAGGGUCAGACAAGGGUACCCACCCAAAGCUCUUCGUUUCCCAGGGACCUGCUGCCUGGCCUAGUCCGAGAGCCCCAGAUCUUUAUCAUCAGUCGACAUGGGAUGCCACUAGGGGAGGAGGACAGUGUCCUGCCCAGGCAGAGUCUAGCUGACCUCUCAGAAGCAACCCCAGCACAAAGGUCUUUCUGCUCACGUUGCUGCCGUUCUCGAGUAAUGCUGCUGCUAACUCUCAUUACAGUAGUGGCUAUAGUAGCCACUAUCCUGCCCUGGGUCCUGCUGGUGAGGAAGGAGGCAUGA